ACAAUUAGGUGUCACGCCCACUCACCCAGGAUCACUCUUUGGUAUCAUUUUGUUUGUGUACUGUGAUGAUAGGAUAGUGGGAUCCUGUUGUAACUUCUGAAUUUAAAAAUAUUUGUAUGGUUUGAAUGAUAACUGAGGCGGCAUUGUUUUACCACUGAUACAUCACACCCAGCUUCUCUGUGUAUACGAGUGUGUUUGUGUGUGAGAGGACGGGAGGAGGGCCCCGGACACACAGCGUGGCUGCAAGUGCCGCAGCAAGACAACUCGUCCAGUCGACCAGCAGUUCAGCUGCUCACACCAUCCUCAUCCUGAGCCCGUCUGACUGGACACUUUGGACAUAUAUGUAUGCAACUGCACGCGUUACCAACCCACAGCGCGAGAGGAUUCAUUGUCGGUGUGGAGUAACGGUUACUGUCACGUGAAGCGGACACAGCGGCUGACAGACGGAACAUAACAAGUCUGCUUUACCCGGCGCCGGGAGCCACCAACCCGGCCGGAGGGGACCGAUGGGGCUGGCUGGAUGAAAUGCUAGCUAACUAGCAUUAGCCUCUCAGACCAGCAUCCUCACCACUGACGCCAACUCAACAGGGUGAGCUACCAAUGCUAGAGUCACAUUUGUAACCUUUAAAUAGACAAAUGGUUUAGGUUAAUGCUUAGAAUAUAUUUACCAACAAGAUGAUGACAGGCUCAGCGUAAGCGGUUAGCUAACGUUUAUAAACAAGAGAGCUAGCUAACGUUAACCAUUUACAAACUGGUGUGCGUUAAUUUAGUCGGAAGAGUUGUGGUAAGCCGACAUGUAUAGAGUAAACUAAUGUCAUUGUUAUGCUAUAUAUAUAUAACAUUAAGCUAUACAUAUUCAUAUCAUCGUCGCUGUCACCUGUGAGCUGUCAUCCACAAACACACAAUCUUAGCCAGUCUGCUACUAGCAAGUGUGACUCCUCUGUAGGUGCAGAGAAUGUGUGAUGUUGUUUGUGGUUUUUGUUUCCUCUACUCCAAACACAUGCUUCUGUGACAGCGUGAAGAUGGACUGAAACAUGAAAUGUGGAACUGUCCCAUCAUCGACAUAGGAGGGCUUCUCUCUUAGGUAUGCUCAUCAAAUUCCUCUCUUCUGUUGACAGUCCAGCAAAAAGGCAUUUUACAGUUAGUGCUUACUUCUUUCUUGUAGCCAUCAGUUGAAACUGCAAAGCUAAUUUAAUAGACAAUAUCAAAUAGAAAAUCGAGAAUGUGUUCAUAUGUUGAUCGUGUUUUCUAAACCUUCUUAUAACUACGGAUACAUGAUGUGUUGCAGAGACUGAGCAUGGGUUUGAUCUUGCCAACCAGCCACUGCUAGUCUACACAACUAGCUAAUGCUAUUUGUACAUUUGUGUUUCAGUAUUCAAAGCAAGCUUGUGUCUCUAGGCCAAUGUUUCCCCAUUCCCCACAUCCUGUGUUGUGAGGAAACUUCCUCUUUUGUCCUAAAGUGCUUAGCUGCAUCCUGAUCAGGGUCGCAGAUCUCAGAACUGCUCAAUGGGUUGUUUGUUUUAACUCCGUGUUUCCCGUUGUAGCUUGUUUUUGUACGUCACCCUUCUUUGUAUGAAUUUUUUGUUGUUUUCCUUUAUGGUUAUCACUUUCAUGCAUCUUUGUGUCAGUCACAACUUUAAACUUAAACUCGGUGGACACUUUUUCUGUCAGUUAAAGGAUCUAUGUCUAAAUUGCAGCUCGUACAUCAUGUAGCCAUCCACCCAUCCGGCCCCUAGAUGCUUAACCUGGUUGUGCUCGACAGCUUAACUGUGUGACUGAGCUCGGAGACAGAGAGGAAGAUGCCUCCCAGGCCGUCCUCGGGAGAGCUAUGGGGCAUCCACUUGAUGCCUCCCAGGAUCCUGGUGGACUGCCUGCUGCCCAACGGAAUGAUUCUGACCCUCGAGUGUCUCCGAGAGGCCACGCUCAUCACCAUCAAACAUGAGCUGUUCAAGGAGGCCAGGAAGUAUCCGCUCCACCAACUCCUACAGGAGGAGACGUCCUACAUCUUCGUCAGUGUUACACAGGAAGCAGAGCGGGAGGAGUUCUAUGACGAGACCAGAAGACUAUGUGACCUCCGACUCUUCCAGGCCUUCCUCAAGGUCAUUGAACCAGUUGGCAACAGAGAGGAAAAGAUCCUCAACAGAGAGAUUGGUUUUGCCAUUGGUAUGCCUGUGUGUGAGUUUGACCUCGUGAAGGAUCCCGAGGUUCAGGACUUCAGGAGAAACAUCCUGAAUGUUUGUAAAGACUCUGUGGAGCUGAGAGACGCCAGCGGGCCCCACAGUAGAGCGCUCUAUGUUUACCCACCGAAUAUAGAAUCCACACAGGAACUUCCCAAGCACAUCCAUAGCAAACUGGACAAAGGUCAGAUUAUUGUUGUGAUUUGGGUGAUUGUUUCUCCAAACAAUGACAAACAAAAGUAUACAUUGAAGAUCAACCACGACUGUGUCCCUGAACAGGUGAUUGCAGAGGCCAUUCGUAAGAAGACACGCAGCAUGCUGCUGUCCCCAGAGCAGCUGAAGAUGUGUGUUCAGGAAUAUCAGGGUAAAUACAUCCUCAAAGUGUGUGGCUGUGAUGAGUACCUGCUGGAAAAGUACCCCAUCAGCCAGUAUAAGUAUAUCCGUAGUUGCAUCAUGCUCGGCAGGAUGCCUAACCUGAUGCUAAUGGCUAAGGACAGCCUAUACACUCAGUUGCCAACAGAUAACUUCGUCAUGCCGUCCUACUCUCGACGCAUCUCCACGGCCACAUCCCAUAUGAAUGGCGAGGCAGCCGCCAAGUCGCUGUGGGCCAUCAACGGCACCCUGCGAAUACGAAUCCUCUGUGCCACCUAUGUUAACGUCAAUAUACGGGACAUAGACAAGAUAUAUGUGAGAACAGGCAUUUACCAUGGAGGUGAACAGUCGUGUGACAAUGUCAACACACAGAGAGUACCCUGCUCUAACCCCAGGUGGAAUGAGUGGCUCACCUAUGAUAUGUACAUCCCAGACAUACCCCGUGCUGCCAGACUCUGCCUCUCCAUCUGCUCUGUUAAGGGCAGGAAGGGAGCCAAGGAGGAGCACUGUCCACUUGCUUGGGGUAAUAUCAACUUGUUUGACUACACUCACACUCUGGUGGCCAACAAGAUGGCUCUGAACCUCUGGCCGGUCCCUCAUGGCCUUGAAGACCUUCUCAACCCCAUUGGAGUCACAGGAUCCAACCCCAAUAAGGAAACCCCAUGUCUGGAGCUGGAGUUUGACCACUUUAGUAGUUCAGUCAAAUACCCAGAUAUGAAUGCAGUAGAGGAUCACGCAAACUGGACCAUCUCCAGGGAACUGGGCUAUAGCUACAACCUCUCCGGACAGAGCAACCGGUCGGCCAGAGAUCACGCCCUGACAGAGAGCGACACCGAGCAGAUGAGACAGCUGAGUAACAGAGACCCUCUUUCAGAAAUCACUGAGCAGGAGAAAGACUUCCUCUGGAGACACAGGCACUACUGCGUGAACAUCCCGGAGAUCCUUCCCAAGAUCCUUCUCGCUGUCAAAUGGAACUCCAGAGAUGAAGUAGCACAGAUGUAUUGUCUGUUGAAGGAAUGGCCGUCUAUCCGUCCUGAGCAGGCCAUGGAGCUGCUGGACUGUAACUACCCAGACCCCAUGGUCAGGCACUUUGCUGUACGCUGCCUCGACAAAUACCUUACUGAUGACAAACUGUCCCAGUACCUCAUCCAGCUUGUACAGGUAUUAAAAUAUGAACAGUAUCUUGAGAAUCCCCUGGCCCGUUUCCUCCUGAAAAAGGCCCUGACCAAUCAAAGGAUAGGUCAUUUCUUCUUCUGGCAUCUCAAGUCAGAAAUGCACAAUAAAACAGUGAGCCAGAGGUUUGGGCUGCUGUUGGAGGCUUACUGCAGGGCGUGUGGCAUGUACCUGAAACACCUGAGCAGGCAGGUCGAGGCCAUGGAGAAGCUCAUUAACCUCACUGACAUCCUUAAACAGGAGAAGAAGGAUGAGACGCAGAAGGUCCAGAUGCGGUUUCUUGUGGACCAGAUGAAGAGACCGGACUACAUGGAUGCUCUGCAGAACUACACCUCUCCUCUUAACCCUGCACACCAACUGGGAAACCUGAGGUUAGAUGAAUGCAGGAUCAUGUCAUCAGCCAAGAGACCGCUGUGGCUGAACUGGGAGAAUCCUGACAUCAUGUCUGAGCUGCUCUUUCAGAACAAUGAGAUCAUCUUCAAAAAUGGAGAUGACUUGCGACAGGAUAUGCUGACGUUGCAGAUUAUUAAAAUCAUGGAGAACAUUUGGCAGAAUCAGGGACUGGACCUUCGGAUGCUUCCUUAUGGCUGCCUGUCGUUAGGAGACUGUGUGGGUCUCAUUGAGGUGGUUCGCAGCUCCCACACCAUCAUGCAGAUUCAGUGUAAAGGAGGCUUGAAAGGAGCCCUGCAGUUCAACUCAAACACUCUGCAUCAGUGGCUGAAGGACAAGAAUAAGGGCGAGAUGUAUGACAUGGCUGUGGAUCUGUUUACGAGGUCCUGUGCUGGCUACUGUGUAGCUACAUUUAUCCUCGGGAUAGGAGACAGACACAACAGCAACAUUAUGGUCAAAGAUGAUGGACAGUUGUUUCAUAUAGAUUUUGGCCAUUUCCUGGAUCAUAAGAAGAAGAAAUUUGGCUACAAGAGAGAACGAGUUCCCUUUGUUCUGACGCAAGACUUCCUCAUCGUCAUCAGCAAGGGAUCCCAAGAGUGUGCAAAGACCAAAGAGUUUGAGAGGUUCCAAGAGAUGUGUUAUAAAGCCUACCUGGCGAUCCGGCAGCAUGCUAACCUCUUCAUCAACCUGUUCUCCAUGAUGCUGGGCUCUGGCAUGCCUGAGCUGCAGUCAUUUGAUGACAUUGCCUACAUUAGGAAGACGCUGGCCCUGGAGAAAAGCGAACAGGAGGCGUUGGACUACUUUAUGAAACAGAUGAACGAUGCUCACCAUGGAGGAUGGACCACCAAAAUGGACUGGAUAUUCCACACAAUUAGACAGCAUGCACUGAACUGACCGCCUGCAAACCAACAAAAAGACACCAGUCCCACCCUGGAGUAACAGGAAGUUUGCAGUUUGACUUCAUUUUUUUUUUUUUCCACCAUUUUUAUUUAUCCGAAUGAGGUUCCGUUGUUUCUUUGUUUUCUUUCCAUUAUCAUCUGCCUGUUUCUGCGGUCUCGAUGCCCUCACUUUACCCUUUACCUUUUUUGGAGUCGACAAGAGAGCAUUGUCCUCAUGUCCUAUUGAAGAUGUGCCCGACCUGGAUGUUUGAAUCCUCCGCUACUAUGUUUGCUCUGUUUUUUCCCCCCCAACAGAAACAAACUGGAUAACUUGUUUGGAGUAAUUUGACCCCUUACUCUUGCUGGAAAAAAACGAUCAUUGGACAAAACAGCGUAAAGAAGAUGUAUCUGCCAAUCUUUAAAUGUAGCCACAAAGUAAGUUCAACUUGCUGCCCUUCUGCACUGUGGCUCCGCCUCAGAAAGGAGGCGCUUGGGAACGUUGUUUUGAAUCGCAUCUCUGCUGAGAAGAUAGCAGGCACAAGGAACGUAUCUUACACAAUAAGUGUUUAUCAAAUUUGUUGCACAAUGCAGGAUUACUGGAGUAUGGGGUCUUCUGUGAUGACUACCACUGCACAGUCUUCCACCAUAUUUGUGGUGAAGUUGCCCUCCUGAGCUGAUUUGGUGUCAGCUUUUCCGCCUUUUAAACCUUUGUGAGAAAAUGUCAAAGCUCAAAAACUGCAGAAGAGUCUCUGGGUUGUUUUGCUCUACAGUCUCCCGGGCCGCGAUGUAAAAGCACCCCACCCUUGGGAACAUUUGUUGGUGGUGCAACUUUAGACUCUAAUAUGAACUUCAGGGUAUUGAUGCCUCUCCAUAAAAAAAAAAAAACAGCACUUACAAAUAAUAUACAGAUGUAAUAUGCCUUUUUGAAUUUACUUAUGUAUCCAGUUUCGUUCAGUUUCUACGUAAACAGUCAAAACUUAACUCUCCACAACCAUUGCUGUCGUAAAUAUAGUUUUUUGUAUUUCUGUUGACCAAUUUGCUUUCUUCUUCUGACGACCAUAAGUGCAAAAACCUUUCUCUUUUUUCUCGACGAUUAUUUAGUUUUGCUCACAUUCGUAUAAAUUAAGACUGCUGAUUCCUUUUUUUGCCUCCGUCACUUUUAAUUAAGGUAAACAUCUCAUUCGGCCUAUCCAGUAGCCCGAUUUGUGUUAUUGUGGCUAGUGUGCAGCCCUACUUGGAUUUGUUUGGGGAUGCAAAUUGAUAAGAAUGGAAGUGCCAGUCUCACUUUGUAUGACUACUGGGACCUGUUUUAAGCCUCUGGCUGUCUGUUUUAUUGGCGAGCAGAAGUCCAGGGGAAUAUUAUGUCUUCCUGUUGAUAAGAUGCCUUGGCACAAAGCUCUACAAACGCUGCCUCAGCAUGUUGUAGUGAGCAAACCAUAACAGCACUUUUUAACAUGAAAAGCUAGAUCUGAUCUGUGAAUCAUUCUUUUUAUUUUUAACCAUGUGAGGCUGAUCGUCUUUAGCAUGUCUCCCAUUAGAAUGUCUUUAAAAUGUCGACUCAUGAUCAAAGUGCAUUUUAACGUGUGUUUGUCACAUCUGGGGUAUAUUUUUUGAUCCAGAACACCGUCCACUGACGAGCCCAUAACACUUGGCAGUAUGUUGUGUACUGUUGUCAUAGCCAUGCUCCCAACAGGAUCAUUUCAGCCUGUAGCUUUUUCAACAUUAUAAAGUCAGUAAAAGGGAUUUAAACAAAUCUUUCAAAUUUGAUUGGAUCACAAGCUAGGAUCACAGCUUGUUUAAUGCAUUUUUGUUUCAUGGUGUCAUUUAAGCAGGCCAUUGUCGCCUUGUCUUUUGGUAUAGGUAGUUUUCUCGGAAAGUAUACUUACGUAAGGUGUUUUUAAGAGAAACCUUGAGGGACAGUAACGGAGAGAAUGUAUUUUUCAUGAGCCCCAGACGCCUUCACAUUGUACCUAGAGAGAUAUUUGGAUGUGCUCCUAGCUAAACUGUUCUCUUACUUACAGACAGUAUGAAACUCAAUCUGCCAGUGGAAAAGAAAGUCAGCACUUUGCUCACCUGUUGAUUGUAUAGAAAAGUCAAAGUGGUAGUCCGCUCUGAUGUGAUGUCACAUUAUUGCAAGAAUUAACUGCUGGAAUGUAUUUAAUUGCUAACAUGGACCUUACGUGCACUCAUCUUUUAAUGUUUUUUUUUUUUUGCAUCAUUCAUGUUUUCUUUCUCAUGUCAGAGGCAGAGCCACUAAACAUACACUAGGUUAUUAGCAGAGAGCUCUUCUCUUCUUCUUUCUUCUUUUAAUGUGCCAAAUCAGGCAUCACUGAGGCCUACGGACGCUAAUGCUGGAAUCACAUCAUGCAGUAAGGGAUAUCAGUUACAGACUUAAAGAAGAAAGAGGCUGGGCAAUGCACUUAAAAAGACUAGUUGUUGUUGUACUUCUCAAUGCCUUUUUGUCCAAAGGGACACUGUAAGAUGUUAGCCUAGUAAGCAUGUUUCUCAAACAGCAUAACCAGUUCUUAUGAUGUACAUUUUGAAGCAGCAUUAAGCAGUAUGUAUGUACAGUUACAGUCAGACCUCUUCUCUGGUUGUGUGUGUGUGUUUGUGUCCAUUAAUUGUCUUUCUGUACCGGUUGCAGAGCUUCAUUGGCAGGCCCCAAUGAAAACCCACACUGUAUGUACAUGUGUCUGUUUGUGACCACACUUGACUGUUCAAGUUGUGGCAUCUCUAAAUCUUUUGUAAGCACCGAUUGUUGAAGCUUUGUGUUUGUUCGAUGCUGGCAGUGAUUGUUAUUAGUGCCACAGUCCUACAUUUCAUAGUGAAGACGCAAUCACUUCUUGAACUAAAGUUGUUCUCGAGUCUAAAUUUCCAAGAUCAGGUUCAGUGAGAACUAUGACAAAGUAUCUUACAGGGUUUAAUAAGAUUUAAUAAUCUUAGAUGUUCAUCCUCAACCUCCAGAUCAUAAGAAUUACGUCCAGCAGCUAAGUUAUAGUUCUCACAUCUCCUCAGAGCAUGUUCGUUUGUUCGCGCUGAAUUGGUGCAGGAACGAUGUUGUUGCACUAGUAUAUUUAAAGCCCGUAUUUAAAAAUCUGCCCGACAGUAUUCAACAGAUCAACGUCCUGCAGGAGAUUGAGUAUCACAUAGUGAGACAUAGUUGUUGUACCUGCAAGAUGUAUACAAGCUAGGGUGAAGUUGGAAAUGGUUGAAUAUGUGCAGUGAAAUACUGUCGGACUAUCUUUGACGUUUAGUCGAGAGGAGGGAGCUCCCAAUUCUGUUUAGCCGCUCUUCAGUUAUUGCCCGUGCCUUGCAUAAUGAAUCAUAGGAUCUGAGCUAUGAUUUCAACAUGAGCAGUGGACAUAAUAAUGUGAACACCCAGAUGUAAUGAAAUUCAAUGCAAUAUCCAUGCAGUAAAUACUACUUACGUGUAUUUAUUCUAAGGUGUUUUAUGUUACUGCUUUUGUUUGUUUGCGUGAUGGACAGGUAUUCACGUUAUUGUGUCCACCACCUGUAUCAAUAUGGGGCCUGGUAUUAAGGGAAUACGUCUUUUUUUCUUUCUGUCAAACUUGAAAGAGUGUCCAGGGUUUUAAAGUGUUUUAAAGAGCAAAUAUGAGUAAUCAUUACAAUUAUUGAUCAUUUGUGAUCAUCUGAAGUAUCCUAAAUUCUCACUUUGAAGAGAAAUAUGGACUAACUGGUCUGUGGCUUCAUGUUAUUUUCUGUAUGCAGUGUUCUUAGCUACAUUAUGAUUUUCGCUAAUAUAUUUCCACAACAUACCAUGCUGUCAGAACCUUAACCUAUACUAUGAAUGAAUGUACAACGGGCCACUGUAGUGUUCUUCACAGCCUACCUGCAUGAGAUUUCGGUAAAGAUUGUUUGUUUGUUUUGUUUUUUUAGUGUGCUAAGCAGCUAUACAGAUGAUUAUACAUUAAUGCCUUAAGUUUGCUCUGUGUAGGAACCGUUUCAUCUCUACAAUAAGCUGUGUUUUCUAUUUAUUUAUAAAUGUACGUUGUACUUCAUUUUGGCUCCCUGGUUACAGAGUAAAGGUUUGUUCCUGACUGACGGGUCAUCUGAGUGUUCUGUGAAGAUGUACAAAUAAAUUUGUUAAACAUUCA